GCAGUGCGUCAGGAGGAAGCAGAGCCAAACUGACAGAGCCCUCGGUACAUGGAGCAGUGGACAGGCUAACACGGAGCAGCAGUCCGCAGCAUGGGACGGGCUGUCCCCGGAGCCUCUUAUCUUCAGCACUCACAUCCGACCAGCGCCUUGUGCUCCAGUGCGGGCCGCUCACAGACACUCAGCUCCCGCUAGCAGCGCAGCGCAGGCUCGCUCCUGUCCUCCAGCAGCAGCGGGGCUAGCCGCCGCGCUGUCCCUGUGGGCCGCCGCUUCACACAACUGACCCUAGCGCCAGUGGACGGGGCACGAUGGUGUACCUGUGGAACCCUGUGGAGAACCUGCGCUCUUACAUCAGCAGCCGACCUCCUCUGGUGCUGUUCAUGGUCACUGUGAGUGCUCUGGCCAUCGCCUUCCUCACCAUCGGAUACUUCUUCAAGAUCAAAGAGAUCAAGUCUCCAGAGCUCACCGAGGACUGGAACACGUUUCUCCUGCGCUUCAAUGAGGUGGACCUGUGUGUGUCUGAGAACGAGACCAUCAAACACGGCCUGAAUGAGUCAACCACCCCCGAGAGCCUGGUAGUGACCAGCGGGCACAGCCGCCCCAGCCCCCAGAGCCCACAAGGCCCCCUGCUGCUGGACGACCAGGGCCCCAUCAACAUCUCUGUGCCCAUCACCCUCACCCUCGACCCACAGAGACCCUUUGGAGGCUACUCCCGCAACAUCACCCACCUGUAUGCCACUGUGCUGGGGCAGCAGGUCGGCCUGUCUGGGCGUGAGGCUCACGAGGAGGUGAACAUCACGUUUACUUUGCCAGUGUCCUGGAGCUCAGAUGACUGUGUGCUGCAUGGACACUGCGAGCAGGUGGUCUUUAGCACCUGUAUGACCCUCACCGCCAACAGCAACAUCUUCCCCGUCACUGUACAACCUCCUCACUGUGUCCCGGAGACGUACACCAAUGCCACCUCCUGGUACAAAGUCUUUACUACAGUGCGGGACUCGGACACAAAGUACAGCCAGGACUACAACCCGUUCUGGUGCUACAAGGGCGCCAUCGGCAAAGUGUACCACGCCCUCAACCCCAAGCUGACCGUCAUCGUGCCCGAUGACGACCGUUCGCUCAUCAACCUGCACCUGAUGCACACCAGCUACUUCCUGUUUGUAAUGGUCAUCACCAUGUUCUGCUACGCAGUCAUCAAAGGGCGCCCAGGCAAGCUUCGGCAGAGCUCGCCCUCCGACUUCUGCCCUGAGAAGUUUCUUCACCUGUGCAUGUACAUACAAAGGAAUCGAAAUUGGACCUGUUACCCCAUGAUCCAUGACAAAUGUACCAUACAAUACAUGAGGAAGACUACAUGGACCGGACCGGCAGACAGGGAGCAGAGGAAGAAACACUGCAACAUAACAUGAAGACAGGGAGAGGAGGGAAAAGAAGAGAACAGACUGAGACCAUGCUCCUAUCAGGGCGAGGGGAGUGUGGUAGAGUGCAGAAAAAAUCACCUCCGUGACAUCAGCACAGUCAAAACACAUACAAACAUUUCACAGGACCAGAGCAGGGUACAGGAGGGCUGUGAGUUAAUCCAAUGUAGGCAGCAGCCAUCCAGAUCCACAGCCACUGGGGGCUGGAUACAACAGACCUGCCCACCAGGCCGGGGGUGCUGCUGCGAGGGGUUUGGUAUUUGGGGGGAGAGUGUCUCACUGCUGUUAUCUCUGGGGUAGUUGAUACUGACCGGCCUUGAGACUGGUGCUGGCUGGGGAGGGCCAGUUAGAUAAGGCUGGCGUUGUUUGGGUUUAGAGUGAGCAGCUGCUUUUUCAAUUCUCACAACUCCUCUUUUUGUUCAUAUAUUGGUCUCAAGUCCAUUCCUUUUUGCAAAGCUUUGAAUUUUCUCCAAGAUGUUAUCCAAUAUUGCGGUUUAGAGUCACCGUGUCCAUCCAACCAGUGGUCAAUAACCACGAACCCGGACCAUAGUCACAAGUUCAGAUUCUCACAGCUCUGCCUCUCGUCUUGGUCAUUCUGGGCAGCCAAGUUGGGCUUUGAACAGCUGCCUCAGUAAUUUGAAUUUUCCAAAAAAUCAGGGCCAUGCCUAAUCCAGUUAGCAAAAGUUCUGCAAUUAUCUUUCCGAAUAGAUAAACUAAACUUCUAUGUCCUCUGCGGACUGGAGCUGCCUGCAUUCCUCAUUGAAAAAUUGCAUUUAGAGACCAACUUAUCAAAUCCAUAGUUUCAAAAAUAUAAGACACUAGACACUAGACUAGACGAAACACAUAAGCAAAGCAGGGAACAAGGGGCAGGUGAAGAGAGAAAAAGUGUCCGCCCUUCGCCAAGAACCAAGCAAGAAGCAUGGGCAAGGGAAAGAAGCAUGCAUAGAUACUACAGCAAUAGUUCCAUAAAGCAACCUAAUGUUAUUAAGGACUAAAAUGUCUUGAUUAUACAAAAGUGAACUGAAAAAAACUUAAUUUUGAUGAAUGAAGGUUUAAACUGACUGAAUGGCGUGAUACAAAUUAGCAGCUGUGACUGGAUGAUUCUAAAGAGGGGUGGUUUUUAAAUGAUCACAUAUUCCACUUUGCUUUGUCGCUUGCUUAUCAUUUACUUCCUUCUAUUCAUUUCUGGGGUGAUUUUCAAAGCAUUCUCUAAACUGUUCCACUGUGACCAACCCAGUUAACAUGUGCUGUGU